AGGAGGAGAAAACACGUGGGUCGGCUUGUGUCCGGAGACCUGUCCUUCUUCCUUCUGAUGUCAACUUGUUUUGUGCUGUUGAUGUGUCUGCAUGUAACGUUAGCUGGCUCACCUUGCUGACCCGACAACGCCGGUGAACUCUAUUCAUUCACAUCUGACGUCACAAAACAACGGAUUUCUGUUGCUCAUUCUGUAAGCUGGUUGUUUGAGCAAAUUUACAUCAUGGUGAGCAAAACAGAUGAGAUGCCAGCAGCAGCAUCAGUGGCGACCUGCGCCUCGGUGCAGGAAGGAGAGACAACGAACAGCCAGGACACCAGCAAGAAGAACCUAAAGAAGGGCUGUCCAUGCGCCCACAGUGCAGCUACAGCAGUAAUGAAUGGUGAGGGAGGACAUGACCAGUCCGAGGAGACAGAGUCCAAGCAGGACGGCAGCACUGAUCCUGAUGCUGGUGAUGACUCCAAUGAGCAGGAAGUGAUUGUUAUUCAGGACACUGGCUUCACUGUGAAGAUUCAGGCGCCAGGCAUCGAGCCCUUUGACUUGCAGGUGUCUCCUCAGGAGAUGGUGCAAGAGAUCCAUCAAGUGCUUAUGGAUCGUGAAGACACCUGCCAUCGCACUUGUUUUUCUCUGCAGCUCGACGGCAACGUGCUGGACAAUUUUGCCGAGCUAAAGUCCAUAGAGGGUCUCCAAGAGGGGUCCCUGCUCAAAGUGGUGGAAGAGCCCUACACAGUACGCGAGGCUCGCAUUCAUGUUCGUCAUAUAAGAGAUCUGUUAAAGAGUCUGGAUCCCUCGGACGCUUACAACGGAGUCGACUGCAACUCUCUGUCCUUCCUAAGUGUCUUCACAGAUGGAGAUCUUGGAGAUAGUGGCAAACGCAAAAAGAAGGGCAAUGAGCUUGAACAGAUUGACUGUACUCCUCCUGAACACAUUCUGCCUGGCAGCAAAGAGCGCCCCCUAGUCCCCCUCCAGCCACAGAACAAAGACUGGAAGCCACUUCAGUGCCUCAAAGUCCUCACAAUGAGUGGCUGGAACCCUCCGCCCGGUAACAGGAAGAUGCACGGAGACCUCAUGUACCUGUACAUUGUAACUGCAGAAGAGCGGCAUGUCAGCAUCACUGCCUCCACACGCGGGUUCUACCUCAACCAGUCCACCACCUACAAUUUUAACCCUAAGCCUGCCAGCCCCAGCUUUCUGAGCCACUCUCUGGUGGAACUGCUAAGUCAGAUCAGUCUGGCCUUCAAGAAGAACUUCACCGCCCUGCAGAAGAAAAGAGUCCAAAGACAUCCAUUUGAGAGAAUAGCCACACCAUUCCAGGUGUACAACUGGACUGCUCCCCAGAUUGAUCAUGCAAUGGACUGUGUGAGGGCAGAGGAUGCCUAUACUUCCCGUUUGGGAUAUGAGGAACACAUUCCUGGCCAGACCAGAGACUGGAAUGAAGAGCUGCAGACAACAAGAGAGCUCUCACGGAAGAACCUGCCAGAGCGUUUGCUGAGAGAAAGAGCCAUUUUCAAGGUUCACAGUGACUUCACUGCAGCAGCUACGCGGGGUGCCAUGGCUGUGAUUGAUGGAAACGUAAUGGCCAUAAAUCCAGGUGAGGAGACACGGAUGCAGAUGUUUAUCUGGAACAACAUCUUCUUCAGCUUGGGCUUUGACGUCCGUGAUCACUACAAAGAGCUGGGAGGAGACGCUGCAGCACACACCGCCCCCACCAAUGACCUGAAUGGAGUGAGAGCGUAUGGUGCGGUCGAUGUGGAGGGGCUGUACACUUUGGGCACUGUGGUUGUUGACUACAGGGGUUACCGUGUGACCGCCCAGUCCAUCAUCCCUGGCAUCCUGGAACGUGAGCAAGAGCAGAGUGUCAUCUACGGCUCCAUUGAUUUUGGAAAGACGGUAGUGUCUCACCCCAAAUACUUGGAGCUGCUUGAGAAGACGAGCCGGCCACUGAAGGUGCAGCGUCAUGCUGUUCUAAAUGAGAAGGACACGGCGGUGGAGCUCUGCUCAUCUGUCGAGUGCAAGGGGAUCAUCGGCAACGAUGGCCGCCACUACAUCCUGGACCUGCUACGCACUUUCCCUCCAGAUCUCAACUUCCUGUCUGUGGAAGGGGAGGAGCUUAACCCUGAAAGCCAGAAGCAGGGUUUCCCUCGACAGCAUCGCCACCGCCUGGCCUGUCUGCGUCAGGAACUCAUUGAGGCCUUCGUAGAGCAUAGGUAUCUUCUUUUCAUGAAGAUGGCAGCACUUCAGCUAAUGCAGCACAAAGCAAAUAAAGAUGCCAAGCCUGCAGCCUUGUCUGAGAACUCGGCAGACGAAACCGAGAGUAAGCCAGCAUCAACUCUGGAGACCUAUGAGAACGCCACUGACACUUCAGUUCCAACCUCUGUUCUUCCAACCGUUUCCGAAUCUACGCAGACGUCCAAGGCGGCCGAGCACCAGCAGGCCAUGGUUACAGAAAACUCUGCAGUAACCACUAAUGGUACCGUCUCAUUGGGUGCUGAUCAGAGCCACAAUGGAGGCUGUGACAGUUCUGUGGAGGGUAAGGAGGCCCUUGAAACUAUACCUGGAUUAGCCCAGGCUAAAGAGCUGGCUGAAUCUUUAGCAGCAGACGAUGGAUCUGGGAUUGACCCAAAAAGCAGAGAAGUCGUCCUGAAUGCCUGUAAAGCGGUGGGCUCCAUCAGCAACACCUCCUUUGACAUCCGUUUCAACCCAGACAUUUUUUCUCCAGGAGUGCGUUUUCCAGAAGAGCGUGCUGAAGACAUUCAGAAACAGAAGCAGCUUCUCAAAGAUGCAGCAGCCUUCUUGGUGUCUUGUCAGAUCCCAUCUUUGAUAAAAGACUGUUUAGACCACACAGCCCUGCCAAUGGAUGGGGCCACGCUGACUGAGGCCCUCCAUCAGCGUGGUAUCAACGUGCGCUACCUUGGCAAUGUGCUCGAGUUUGUGGACAAGAUGCCUGCAAAACCACAGCUUGAUCAUUUCUAUAGAAUAGGAAUUACUGAGCUGAUCACAAGAUGCACCAAACAUAUAUUUAAAACCUACCUCCAGGGUGUCGAGCUUUCAGCCCUGUCUGCUGCAGUGAGCCACUUCCUGAACUGCUUCCUGAGCUCUUUCCCAGAUGCUGUGGCCCACCUGCCUGCAGACGAGUUAGUCUCACGGAAGAAAAACAAGAAGAGACGAAACAGAGUGCCUGGAGGAGGAGACAACACAGCCUGGGCCAGUCUGACCCCAAGUGAACUGUGGAAGAACAUCAGCACCGAGACUCGCACUUAUUACCACUUCGCUCUACUGUGUGAGAGUGUCGACCAGGCAGUAGAGAAAUACGGUCUGCAAAAAAUCACACUCCUGAGGGAAAUCUCCAUCAAAACUGGCAUCCAGAUCUUAAUAAAGGAGUACAACUUUGACAGCCGCCACAAGCCGGCUUUCACAGAAGAAGACAUCCUGAACAUCUUUCCAGUCGUAAAGCACGUCAACCCUAAAGCCUCUGAUGCCUUUCAUUUCUUCCAGAGCGGACAAGCCAAAGUCCAGCAAGGUUUCCUUAAGGAAGGUUGCGAAUUAAUCAACGAGGCAUUGAACCUCUUCAACAACGUGUAUGGAGCCAUGCAUGUGGAGAUUUGUGCCUGUUUGCGCCUCCUUGCACGCCUCAAUUACAUCAUAGGAGACCACCUUGAGGCUCUUAGUAACCAGCAGAAAGCUGUUCUGAUGAGUGAGAGAGUGCUCGGUAUUGAGCAUCCAAACACCAUUCAAGAAUAUAUGCACUUGGCACUGUACUGCUUUGCUAAUGGCCAGCUGUCCACUGCACUGAAGCUGCUGUAUCGUGCCCGAUAUCUUAUGCUGCUAGUGUGUGGAGAGGAUCAUCCUGAAAUGGCUCUGCUAGAUAGCAAUAUCGGUUUGGUGCUACAUGGAGUUAUGGAGUAUGACCUCUCGCUACGCUUCCUGGAAAAUGCCUUGGCAAUUAACUCAAAAUACCAUGGACCCCGAUCCCUUAAAGUUGCUCUUAGUCACCACCUUGUGGCUCGGGUUUAUGAGAGCAAGGCUGAAUUCCGUUCAGCUCUGCAACAUGAGAAGGAGGGCUACACCAUUUACAAAAACCAGGUUGGUGAAGCUCAUGAAAAGACCAAGGAGAGUUCAGAGUACCUGAAGUACCUCACCCAGCAGGCUGUGGCCCUCCAGAGAACCAUGAAUGAGAUUUACAAGAAUGGCUCAAAUGCCAGCAUCAUGCCUCUCAAAUUCACAGCGCCAAGCAUGGCCAGUGUCCUGGAGCAGCUCAAUAUUAUCAAUGGCAUCAUCUUUAUUCCUCUAAGCCAAAAGGACUUGGAGACCCUGAAGGCAGAAGUUCAGCGCCGGCAACAGCUACAAGACACUGGGAAAAGUGAGGAACAUCAGGAGAACGGUCAACCUGCUCUGGACGACAAACUUCCCGUCGACGAUUAAUCAAACAUGCGUAAACCCUGUAGCAGGGAAGGCCAUGAUGCAACAGUCAUCUGCUUGAACCUUUAGAACUGAGAACUAAGCUGUGUAAUUUAAAUGAGUAUAUUUUGAGCUUAAAGCAGAGGGAACAGGCAGUGAAAUGUAUAGCGGUCGGUACAGUGAAAAAGCAGUCAUAAAUAGCAUGGAACCAGUGUUUAAUGCGGGCAGGCAGAGGGCCAGACUGAGGCCUUCUUGUUACUGUUUUCCUACCAGUUUGUUUGAAACUGGUAACCAAGAAAUGACCAUGACGUUAUAUGCUAGAGCCUUAUCUAUCCAUCCAUCCAUUCAUCCAUUUUCGCAUUUUGCUAUCCAUCUAUUGUGUCGAGCCCUCCUGAUCUUCUUUUCUCUAGAAGCUUAGGAAUCCAAGCCCUAAACUUACUGUGAGCUUCAGUGAAGUAAAGCCCAACACCACCACUUUCAGCCACUACUAUCUGCAAACUCAGGUGAUGUCUAUGCUGCUCAAGAUGAGAGCGGAAACAAAGUUUAGAUGGAUGCACAAGAAGUAAAACGCUGGCUACAGAAUGUACCCGCAAUGGUCUAAAUUUCAAAGACCAUUUACGUAUAACAGUCAUGUUAUGUCCCGUAUUAUUAAUGUACCAGGUGGUGGCUGCUGUAUCUUCACAAUGUUGUACCCGUGUUCUCAUCUUGAUCUUUUCAGAUUGAUUUUGAUCUUUUCAAAUGAUGUUCUGUAAAAAAAAUUUUUUUUUUGGUAAUAGUAUGUGUGUGUGGGGGAAUUAAAGCCAUUUUAUAUCCUUCCAUAAUUCAACCAUUUAAGCUUUGUCUGUUUUAUAGAGAUAUGUUCAAAAGAUGUGUAUGUCUGUGAUGUGUGAAAAACUUGAUUAAUGUUGAUCGAAAUGCAGGUUCAAAAGGUCCAGUUUAAAUCUGAUCAUUUGAAUCUUUUCAGUUUUGUCUGUGUGUUUAUUAUACUAGUGCAUAAAGCUCCCACUGCUGCUGUGACAAAAUCAUUUUUUACAUAAAUUUACAAUCAUAAAAUGACUAGCGCAAAACUUGAAUAAUGUAGAAACAUGCAGUAUUUGACACAAAAGCAUGUUAAAUCAUCAUUUAGCUGACGGACUGGACUUCUUUGAUACUGACUGAACAGUUUUUGUGACACUAUUCACUUAUUUCCAGUUAUACAGGACCAUUCCUGUAUUCCAUCUUUUUCUUUACCAGUAUUUGGCACACAUUUCCAACUAGCACCAGGAAGAGAGACUGCUUUUGUGUAAUGCACCAAAAAAAGGGGACGAAUGCCAUGCUUGCCUGUAUAAAUGCUGUGCAGAUCUACCUUCCAAAUGCCAAAAUUAUUGCCGUAAUAAAUGUACAAGUUUAAAGCAAUAGAAAUGCUGGAACUUGCCAUCUAUGUGCUGCAAUAGUUUGCACUUAGAGGAAAGAUAUAUUGCUACACUGAUUGUGUGUUUAGUCAUGGGAUAUGUGGGCUUUUUCUAAAAACUGGGAAGGAGUAAUUAAAUGUUUUCCUGCUUAUUGAACAAAAAAAAGCAAAUCACCUUGCAAAUGUGUGAGAUUCUGCCUGUUUAUGCGUUGCAAAGGAACCAGGCUGGUCUGUUUUGUCUUUUUGUGCCGUCCAGAGGGUUAACCCUUUUCUGAUUAGACUCUUUUUUUUUUUGCUGUUGCUUUAACCUUUGUCUGCCUAUCAGUGCUUACGAAGGAGCCACGUUGUAUGCUGGGCUUGUCCCAGGCUGCAGUACUCUUAGUAGCCACUGAGGAGUGUUCUAGUCUCACAAAGGCUCUUGGCGCUCAAAUUGCAGUUGACAAUAAAUGCAGUUUCUAAUGGAACACAAAGUGUCAUUACUAAUUUAGACUUUAUGCAAUUGCUUCCAACUAGAUGUUAAAUAGCUUCAUUAUUUGAAUUUGAUCUAAGUCCCGUGGUUCUAAAUGGCUGGGAAUAUUUAAAAACAAUUGCUGUAUACCCCUUUAUAACACCUAAAAUGUUUAAUAUAGUUGAUUUUCAUUGCAAUUAUGCCAGAAUUUUAUUGGUGUUAUUAGUUCAUUGUUUUUUUUGUUUUUUUGCAUUUUAUUCAAGAUAAUUAGUGCAAUAUAAAACAAAAUUUGUCAUCUACAUAUUUAGUUAUGGGUUUGUGUUUUUUUUAUGUAGACUAAGAAGAUAUGAUGCAGGUUACAAAUACACUUACAGUUUUAAAUGGGAACUGUUGUUUUAGGAUUACUAGUGUUGACAAGAGGUGAACGUGUGAUAAUUUGCAUAGAAAGGAAUUUAAAUUUUGACUUAACUUCACCACACAUCUCAUUUUGAAAAUGUUCUACAAACGAGUCAGCAUCAUACACUCCUCACAAUCGACCGUUCUUAUUCCCACCGUUCUGGAUCUAGUUUUAAGAUAAUUGCUUGUAUGUAUAUGAUCUGAUAUCCCAGAAUAAAUCCAGAAACUCAGCUAUCAUUAAAAAAGGCCAUCAGUGUCCUUUAAAGACCUAGUGUCUAUUAUGGUCACCUUAGCUUCACCAGCUGUCUAACCCACAAUCACACCUGAACCUCAAUGUUUUCCUCUCAUUUCAGAUCAUUAACCUGCAAAAUUUGUCCAGACCCUUGCCUACCUUUCUCUUAUUUUCUUUUUAAUGUGAAAUGUUUGUUGAGCUCCAUAAAUAAUAAUUCAAUUAUUUUUGAUCCAAGUAUGCUUUUGUAUUAAAAGAAAUAAAGGAACUGGCAAAUA